AUGCAAGAUCGUGCUGCACUUAAUCGUUGGAGCAGCGUCGAUGCAGUGGUUCCCUGUUCGUGCGCAGGGAGAGGGUUGCAAACGGAAAACAACGCCAACAGCCAUCGUGCUCGGCAUCCUUUGUGGCUGCCAGAAGACAUGAGACACUUCAAAGGCCCUGCUGUGGGUCCCUCGGGCUCUUCUUUCUUGGACUUGGGCGAGGAAAUCGGCCAGCCUUCGGCAGAAACGUCGGAAACACAGUCUUCACCUGCUGUCGGUCAUUCGUGGCUGCCAGGAUACAUGAGACAUCUCAAAGGAUCUGCGGUUGGUCCCUCCGACUCUUCUUUCUUGGACAUGGGCAACAUCAGACCAGUGAGGCAACCUUCACCAGAAUUGUCAUCGGCCUCACUUGUUGCCAAUCCAGUUAUGGAAACCGAACCGGGCAAUGCUGCCGUCGCUGAUGCCUUCUUGCUGGCUAGCGCUAAGUUUGUAGAGGCUACAGAAGAAGCCCAUUCGAUUGUUGUUGAAGAAGCCGAGACGGGCAGCGGGGUGACUCCUACAUCCCAGGACGAAACUGGUAUCAGUCCACCCCGGGGGAAACUUCUCCGGUGGAGCAAUAGAGAAUGGAAAAUUCUGCAUUUUUUCCGCUGGCAACCCGUGACCAGCACAAUGUUCUUCCCACUUCGAAGCUUUCAGCCUCGCCCAGUGGGAAAUAGAAGGGAGCGCCCUCGCAAGCAGAUGCCCAUGCCAUCGCAGACACCAGCAUAG